AUGAGAAUUUGGCUUUUAAUCACAACAUUUGCAGUAAUUUUGAUUACUGUGUCUGGACUUAUUGAUUGUCCACUUUGCACAGAUAAUCCAGGAUAUACGACCGACAGCGAUUGUACUUGUUCUGGAAAUAAAGUCAGGCGUGAGCGAGAUGGUUCUGAAGUAGGCAUUUUAGGAUUUCAUAAAAUAUAUUGUUGUCGAUCAAAAACAAAAAAAUGUGUAGAAACUGGAACUCCAUAA